UUACAAUUUUUGUGAAAUUACAUUUACAAUUUUUGUGAAAUAAGUAGAAUAUAUUGCCACCAUGAGUGAUGAAAAAUCCAAGUCCACCUCUGUGCUGCAGCACAUAGAAUCGGCGCUAUAUGUGAUCAACCAGCUGUGCAUAGGAUUUGUGACCAUCUGGGUUAGUUGGACCUGUUUGCGCCAGGACCUUUCGGGAAUUCGCCUACACGCCUGGCUGGUCACCUUUGGAUUUGUCUUCCUGAUGGCCGAGGGCAUGAUGUGCUUCUACGACGGCAGCUGGUUAACUCUGCGAUAUUCCCGGAAAUACAAGACCGCCUUCCACGUGGUCCUUCAGAUCCUAGGAGGCGGCAUGGGCGUGGCCGGCUGCCUGAUCCAGUUGAUACGCGAUGAUUGGCAAGUCAGUGUUACAUUGCAUGCCCGCUUGGGCUUUGCCGCCUUCAUCCUGUGCCUGAUCUCACUGCUCAGCGGUCUGGCCGCCUUCCUGGCGAGAUCCCUAAGCCGAGCAGUUCCUCCGCUGAUCAACAAGACCUUCCAUGUGGUCCUCAGCUUCGCUGCGUUCGUGAUCGCCAUGAUGGCCCAGUUUUAUGGAUACACGCAAACCGGAAUCUUCAGGGGCCAAGGACAGGACUUCGUCAUCCUCAUGCAGGUCGUCACCAUGGUCCUAAUGGUCAUAACCAGCAUUGGAGCAUUGAAAUCACUCUACCAGAAGUUCAGCAGCUUGGCCAGUUAA